AACGGUAGGUUUUCCUUGUUUUGUAGUCUUAGCAAUAAACAGUGUCAACUGAGUCACAGCACAGCUCCACAAUCAUCACAAUGGAUCCUGAUAUUCUUUCAACAUUUAAAAUACUUAUCAUCGGUGAAAGUUCUGUUGGGAAAACAAGUUUACUUCUACGAUUUAUAAAUGACAGUUUUGAUAGUAAUGUGUCAGCAACUAUCGGAGUGGACUUUAAGACAAAGAAGGUCACAGUUGACGGAAAUACAGUCAAACUAGCUAUAUGGGACACAGCCGGAGUUGAGAGAUUUCGGACCUUAACACCCAGCUAUUAUAGAAAUGCUCAAGGAGCAAUUGUUGUUUAUGAUGUAUGUAGGAGAGAAACCUUCAAUAAAAUGCAAACAUGGCUAGAUGAGCUUGAUACCUACACCACAAAGAGGAACAUAGUGAAAAUGAUUGUUGGAAACAAAAUUGACCAGGAUUCAAGACAGGUAACGAGAGAAGAAGGAAUAAAAUUUGCUAAGAGGCAUGCUGCGUUAUACAUUGAAUCAAGUGCCAAAACUCGUGAUGGAGUAGAGUGUGCAUUUGAAGAACUUGUUCAAAAGAUUAUACAAACUCCAGGCUUAUGGGAGGCAUCUGUCAAUCAGACAGGAACCAUUUCAAUAACUCAAGGUAAUGAUGCUGGAUACUUGCCCAAAUCAUGUACUGGUUGGUCCUGCUCUUUGAAUUAAUCUAAUAUUUUGAAGUAAAUUUUAAGACUUUAUUCUGGAACUCUUAAAUGUAAAUAGAUCAUAUUUUGUAUAGUGCUUCAUUGUGCUUAGACUUAACUAGGAAAAUAUCACUGUUUUAAAUGUCUGCAGAAAAGAAGGAUCAAUUCACAUGCUACCAAGCAAUAUUGUCUUGGCAACUCUUGUCCUAAUCAUAAUUACAUGUAUGUGGCUUGGCUUGUUAUAUAUAAUUUGUCAGUUAACUCAAAAAUCUCAAAUCAAUUUUAUACUCCUUUUAUAAUAUUUUCUACGACCCAUCUGCCCCUCAAUCUGAAAAGCGACUCUGUGAACAUUUUUGUAUGUUGUUGUAUAUUGAAGAAUUAAUUCAAGUUUGAACUCGUGCAACUUUUCCUUGUAUUGUUAAAACUGAAUGUUUCUGUAUUCUUCAACUUCCCUGGCUGAAGCAACAUUCUCCAGUGUUCACCUAUUUUAGCAUAUUGAAAUAAAUAUUUAUGGAACUGUUUA